AAAGCAGAUGGAGCUCGAGCUUGUUUUGGCAGUAAACAGGUGCACCUGUGCAGCUGGUGAUUUGGAACACAGCCCCGGUUUUUUGUCUAGGGUGCGACCUCGGUUUAUUUCCGCAAGUCAUGUUCCUGCAGUUUCCUCUACAGUGGGAUUGAAGAAGCAUUGCUGAGUUCAGAGACUAAACAUGGACUUCGAUUUGAAUGCAGCUGUGGAUAAUGACAGUGUGAAGAAAAGCGAGGCGAGCGAGGUCGAGGGAGUCUUUGGAUUUGGAAAGGACAAGGACAAAGAAAAAUGUAAAGAGAAAGAUGGAUGUAAAAGCAAGGAGCACAAGAAGCACAAGGAGCAUAAAGAGUGUAAGGGGCAAAAGGAGCAUAAAGAGAGUAAGGAGCACAAGAAGCAUAAGGAGCACAAGAAGCAUAAGGAGCACAAGAAGCACAAGGAGCACAAGGGAGGACACAGCUCCUCAUCCUCCUCCUCCAGUGAUGAUUAGGAAAACACCUUGGCUGAAGAAAGAACUAUUUCUCUUAAUAAAAUAAUUCCUGAUAUAAAGUUGUUUCGAUUUCUAACAAUAAAAACAUCUAAAUAA